CCCGCCUUACUUUCCCACGCUCGGGGAAGGGAGGGAGGCUAGCCAAAGCUCCCAGGGCUGAAGGAUCCCAGCGCCUGACUCCGCCCCCACCAUGGCUCCGCCCACCCGUCACCCGCAACAAUUCAGCCCAGAGCCCGGCGAAAUUCGUUGGUCCUUCCUCCUGUUCGCUUGCCGUCCUGGUUGGAGCUGCCCAUAAUGCUGGCCGGUAGAUGGCCGUUUUGACAUCUGUUUCAGGAUGCACGGUGGCCGUGGAUUUCUCCCUCGGGCGUCUCCUCCCCACGCCCCCUCCCCACUUCCAUUAUUUCCCUCCAGUUUAGGAGCAUGAGUUCUAAGAAAGCCGCGGGGAGAAGUCCGGUGAAAAAGGGAGCCAAGCCAUCCGGAGCAGCCUCUGGGAAACCAGACCACCAAACAGAUGGGAAAGAUGCAGCCCCAGCAGAUGACACUGUCCACCGCCAGGAGACCCCUGGUAGUCAUCCCACAGGCCUGAGUCGUGAGGCAAAAGCCGCGCUCACUUUGCAGUGUGCCUUCCGUAGAAUCCUGGCCUGCCGGGAGAGAAAGCGGAGACUGAAGGAGCGACAGGAAUAUGAAGAAUUAAUGGAUCGCCUCCAAAAGGAGGCUUUUGUCGCUCUAGUGAGAAGAGAGCAAGAGGAAGCUGAGCAGGCACGAAAGAAAGAAGAGGAAGAAAAGAAGAAGCAGAGAGAGGAGCAGCAGCGGAAAAAACGGAUGCUGGAGGCAGCUUUUGAAGGAGAUGUGGAGGAGAUGAAGGCCAUUCUGAAAGAGGUGGCGGAUCUGGACACCAAGAUUGGCGUGGGGACAGAUGAGAAGGGGAAGGUAGUCCGGCUCCAGCAUCUCCUCAACAUGGUGGACUGCACAGAUGCCAAUGGCAACACCCCCCUCUCUGAAGCCUCUGGAGGGGGCCAUCCCGAAGCCAUCCGGAUGCUGAUAGAAAAUGGAGGCCAUCCCAACAGCAGGGGUGCCUUUAAUCGGACUCCUUUGUACCGAGCAGCCUUCGGGGGACACUUGGCAGCGGUGGAGCUGCUUCUCCAGCACGGGGCUGACCCUCGACUCUAUGCCGAUGAUGGCAACACACCAGAGCAGGUUGCUUCUCUGGACAGUGUGGUGGCUAUCCUGAGUGCCUGGGAUGUCACUCUGACAGACACCAUGCUCCAAAAGAUGGAGGCUGAGCAGCAGCGGAGAGUCCUGCAGAAGCAGAGGCACAAGGAAGCUGAAGUGCGCCAGGCAAGAGGGGUCCCAAAGUCCCACUCCAAGGACUUGGCCCUUCGAAGAAGCAGAAAGACCAGGGGGGGCCCAAACGUCCUCUUCACAAGCAGCUCGAAGGGGCCCCUGAUGCCUCUUGGUCCCCACAGGACCACCGAAGCCGUGGAGCAGCUGGCCAAGGAGCACGAGAGAUGCAGCAGGGAGCUGCAGCAGGCCUACGCAGAGCUCAACCGACGGAUAACAGAGCACGACAAGUGCCAGCGGAAGCAGAUGGGGAACACAGAGCUGACCCUGCAUGCCGUAGCUGAUGCAGAAGGGCUGGUGGAGAAGCUGCGCGUGGCUGCGGAGGAGGCCGAGGAGAAGCUGUCCCUGGCCCGCUUGAAGCUGCGAGAGCAAAUGCAGGAGGGAUCGCCCUCCGAGAUUCCAGGUCUCAAGUGCUCCGUGCAGGAACUGGAUGAUGUGCUGAUGAAAGACGUGGGUGGGAAAAUGCAGACCGACGGGCGGUGGCCCUUGAUCAUCGACCCCUCUGGGCAAGCAGCAAUUUUCCUGCGCUACCGUGACACCAACUACCUGAACACUGCCAAUCCCGCUGACAUGGCCGUGGAAGCCAUUCGCCUGGCCUUGCUGGGGUCUCUUCGCUAUGGGAAGCCCCUGGUCUUUGACAUGAUGGAACUGGACAUGUUUGAUACAGUGAAAAAGCAGCUGGAACGGCUGGAGACAGGCCUCACUCAGGCACUGCUGAGCAAGAAGAUCCUGGAGAGUGAAAGGUAUCGCUCCUUACUGAGGCCAACAGACAGACCAGAAUAUGCAGAGACGGAAUUUCAAAUUGCUCGGAUGGAGAAGUUCAGGCUCUUUGUGGUCACCAAGCGCCAUCACCCCCCUGAAGAGCUGCUGCAGGCCUUCCUCCCUGUCCAAGUCCUCCUGUCUGGAAUGGCCAGGCGGUAGGCACAGCUUGGCAGUGCCCGGUUCAACAGCACCCCGAGGGAAAGCGGAGCUUCAGAAGACCCCCCCUUCCCCAAGUGGCUCCUGCUAGGCCCGUGCGCUGAUUGGGAGGGAGGAGCCCAGGUGGCCUUACCUUUGCAGACCAUCCAGAGGCCGGGCGCAUCAAUAAAGUUGUUCUUUUGGAAAGUC